AUGGAUUGUUCAAGUAUUAACAGUACACAAUUACAAACACUUUAUGCUGAAGGAAAAUCAUGCCAAUUUAUUUUAAGUCAGUUUCAAAACACCAAAACUGAUCCGUGCAUUAAAGAAAAAAAUUUUGAAUAUGAUCGUGGUCAUCCGUGUGUUUUACUUAAACUGAAUAAAAUUUAUGAUUGGGUACCUAUCACUUAUGAAAAUGUUGCUGAAGUACCAGAAAAUUUAAAAUCAAUAUGGGACGUGGCAAUGUCCGAAUAUGUGCUGGUUCAAUGUAAUGGUGAAAAUGAUGUUGAUCGCGAUUUUAUAUAUGAACUAGAAUAUUCCUCGCCAUUGCGAAAUCUAAAAAUUGGCGGGUUCCCAAAAUAUUAUUUUCCAAGAUGGUUACCGAUCACCGUUGAUGUUUGUCUAUUUUAA